AUGUUCCCGCAGCGCCAGCUACUUCGCGCUGCGCCGCGCUUCUCUGCGCAGCUGCGGGCCCAGGCCCAGCGUCGCCUGGCCAGCACCGAGACAGAGAACAGCUUCGUUCGGGAGCGCCGCCAUGUCAAGGAGCACGCCAAGGCCACCGCUGAAUUGUGGCGCAAAAUUUCACUCUAUGCCGUCCCUCCUGCCAUGAUUCUGGCGGGUAUUAACGCCUACAACCUUUGGAACGAGCACUGGGAGCAUUGGUCGCAUCUUCCUCCUCUUGAGGAGCGCGUUGAAUACCCAUAUCAGAACAUCCGCACCCGGAACUUCCCUUGGGGUGAUGGCGACAAGACUCUGUUUUGGAACGAGAAGGUCAACUACCACAAUAAGGAUAAGGCGACGUAA